GUUUAGCAUGACACGAAUCGUAUUUAAACAGACAUCUUCUUGUGCGCCUUGCCUAGUUUUCCAGUAGAAUUCAUCCAUUAUGAGGAGCGCAAUUGUUAGUUUGUUUCUGGUAUUUACUAUUUUUACAUUUAACUCAUUGGGAGAUGCAUCCGACUAUUCUAAAAGGUAUGAAGCGCUAGACCUAGAUUCGAUUCUUUCAAACGAAAGAAUCCUUAAGAACUACAUUAACUGCUUCUUGGAUAAAGGCCCUUGUUCACCGGAAGCUCGUGAUUUUAAAAAGGAUAUACCAGUGUUUAUUAAAUCAAAAUGUGGAGAUUGUACAGAUGUUCAAAGAAAAGUGGUGCUUAAAGCUUCCAAGUUCUUAAUCGAGAAGAAACCAGACGAAUGGAAAUUACUAUUAUCAAAAUAUGACCCCUCUGGGGAAUAUGAGGCGUUUUUGUUAGGAGAACUUAAGAAACAAAAUUCUUAAGCAAUUCAAACUAAAUAGAUUAUGUUAUACUAAUAUGUUAUAAGUAGUUUAAAUCAAAAUUAUGCUAAUAUGACAUUAAUUCAGAACAAAUAAAAAUGUAAUUAGAUGGGCUGUAGAGAUUGUGGAGAUAUUUAUAAAAAUAGAAUUGUAUUGUAAAAUUGCAAACAAUGUAUAUUAAUACAGGCAGGUCAACUAAA